AUGAACUUAUAUAUAUUAACUUUGUUCGUGUUGUUGUCUUUCGUCAACACUUCAAAGACAUUGGAGUUCAAUGGAUUGAACGACUUACCAGUCGUAAUGUUCAACACUUCAAUCAAUUGUAGUGAUCCUAAUGAUCCAUGUGAUCUAUUCGACCCAGCAAAUUGGAUUGGCGGUGUUGUGCCAUCACCUUCGAACAAUGGCCUAAUAGACUAUUCACCACAAACCAUCAACAACAAAUUAACUCAGUACAUCAAUGUCACCAACAAGUACUCAUUCAAUUCAAACAUUGGAUCAUUAUCGGUCAAGGGUCCAAACGUGCAGCUUGGCGUCUAUGGCUAUAUCUGGGCACAUCAAUCACUUGAGAUUGUCGAUGCCAAUGUGGUCAAUGUCGACCCGCCAGGAAUACGAGUCACAGGCGGCUUCCUACUUCUCGGCCAAUCGACAUUUAAUGUAUCGGCACUAAUACUUGAAGGUUCAGUAUUUGUGGAUGUCUCGGCAUCGUUUAUGGUCAGCAACGAGUUCUUGCAGAUCCUGCAGUCUGAAGAAGAGCCUACUCAGCAGACGGUAUACUUUCAGUCGCAGCCAGUCUUCAAGGAUUUGGGACAAGUAUCAUUUGAAUGUCUAAACUCGACCUUCUACGCGGGCGUCAACAUCAUGGGUAGUACAGCUCCAGCCACAUUCAAUCACACGAUCUACCUGCACGGACAAUCAUCCAUUGAUUCGAUCAAUUUGUUCGACACUGCCAACUUGUAUGUGAUGGAUGGUGCCAACUUGUUGAUCACCAAUCAGCUCGAUAGUGAGUCCGGUAGCAACAUAUAUGUCAGCAAUCUUGGCGCAUUGGUUGUGGAUGGUAAACAGCUCAUCACUGGAGAUGGUGUGACCAUCAAUGGAUCAGUCACCAUCAGCAAUGGAGUGUACACUCCUGGCCAACACUCGAUCAUCACUGGCGACCUGAUCCAACCCAGUGGCUUGGUAAUGUUCACUAGCAACAUCCAGAGUCUAACAGUGCAGGGUUCAUUCAAAUCAUCAAGCAUCGAGUACCUGGACGCCCUCACACCUGGUUUGGACCAGCAGCCAAUCUUGACCGUCGAAGGUGAAUUGGUAUCACAAUCUGUACAUGUUCAAUUCGUCGCCACAAGUCCAAAGUCUGGUGAUGCCUAUGUCCUCAUGUUCGCGCCAACCUAUGACAAUACGGCAGACUAUGUCGUCAAGUGGGCCAACUCUUCAGUGGAGUUGAGAUAUAACAUAACUUAUAAUGCCGGCAAGGUUAUACUACAAUUCUCAUCA